AUGACUUCGACUCCCCCGCGAGCUGUCUAUCAUUAUUUUGAUAUUGGCCCCGUGGGCCGUGGUGAAGUUAUUAAGCUUUUCAUGAAAGAUGCUGGCAUUGAAUUCAAACAGGUUCUUUAUCCGUACGACCAUACUUGGCCCAAGAUCAGCCAGGUUCUACAGCAACAAGGUACAACCAGGACGGGUCAAUUACCUGCCGUCGAGUACCAGGGCAUGAUUCUCAUACAGCACAUUCCUAUUCUGCGUUAUCUCGCUCGAGACCUUGGUCGAUAUGACGGAGAGACCAACGCUGAGAAAUACCUAGUUGAUGCCGUGUCUGAUAUCUACAUCGAUUGGAGAUACCGUUGCGGAGCGAAUUUUAUCAAAAAGGAUGAUACAUACAAAGAUGAAUUUGUCCCCCAAUACUACAAUACUUUGGGCCAGUACUACAACGACCACGAGGGCCCGUACCUCCUGGGCGAUAAAGUCACAUAUGCCGACUUUGCGGUUUAUCAAUCCAUUGAUGGUGAUGAGAGAACAGGUACACUUCCGUUCACCCUCCCGGAUUCGCUUAUCAGGUUCAGAGAGGCCUUCGAGCAGCGGCCGAACAUUACUAGCUAUCUCAAAGACCGAAAUCCCGCACUUUAA